AUGGAUGAGACGGCUUUGACCGCCAUGGGGAUCCUGCUGGAGGAGAUGGCACAGGAGUCUCGAGAGGAAAUUCGGGCCGAUGAGAGCCAACCUGCCUUCCGCAAUGACCGCAGAAUGGGCCGUAAAAGAGCUAACACUGGGAGGAGUAGCAUCCUUGCGCUUGCCAGCUCCGGGGAUGACUUAGACAGCAUGGUCAAGAAGAAAAAAGAGCGAUCGAAGAAGCCUCGUUUAGCAGCCGAGGCGAUACCCACGGAUAUGGACACAGAAGCGGACAUGAACGCUAUGCGAAGUAUUAAGGCGUGCAGCUGCCGACACCUCUUUCUUAACCCGGUGAAGGCUGCUGUGUCCCUGAACGCUUAUCUCCCGCCCAAGCAACUUUCUUAA